UGAUAUCAACUGAGAGAGGCAAUCCAUACUGAUAUCAACUGAGAGAGGCAAUCCAUACUGAUAUCAACUGAGAGAGGCAAUCCAUACUGAUAUCAACUGAGAGAGGCAAUCCAUACUGAUAUCAACUGAGAGAGGCAAUCCAUACUGAUAUCAACUGAGAGAGGCAAUCCAUACUGAUAUCAACUGAGAGAGGCAAUCCAUACUGAUAUCAACUGAGAGAGGCAAUCCAUACUGAUAUCAACUGAGAGAGGCAAUCCAUACUGAUAUCAACUGAGAGAGGCAGUCCAUACUGAUAUCAACUGAGAAAACUUUCAUGACGGCGCAAAACAACAUAGCGAUAUGUCUUCUCUGUGGAUUGCCAGGUGCUGGUAAAACCACACUGGCUGAGAAGCUACUGAACGAAUUAUCCCUGGAUUACACAGUUAGAAUCUUCACCUAUGACAAACUGAUACUUCCUGAUUCUGACCUCACUAUGCUUUCUUGGAAGCACCGAAGACAACAAAUCAUCGACCAGUGUCGUCAAGCUGUCAAUGAAUUCAAAUUGUUGAAUGAAAGUUCGUCUCCGUCGACAAUAGUUCUGAUUGACGAUAACAUGUACUUGCAGAGCAUGAGGUAUACAUACUACCAACUAGCCAGAUCUCUGGAAGUGGGAUUUUGUCAAAUAUUCCUGGACUCGGAAGUUUCUGUUUGCUGGCAAAGAGUAUCGAAACGAAAUGAAAUUAGUUCUGAUUUUUUGGUACCACGAACGGCGUUUGAUAGAAUGAGGAGUCGUUUUGAAAAGCCAGAUCCGAUGAAAAACAAAUGGGAACACAAUAGCAUAUCAAUAUCGAUCUCAGAUAGUUUUGAUGACGACUUAGACGUGGAAAAGAUUGAAAAUGUGUUUCAGCUUGCAUUACGGAUGCCUUUGAAACGCAUCGAAGUAUCUGAAAAGAUAGUUUGUGGUGUUGAUUCUUUUCAUCAUCAAGCUGAUCUUUUAUUGAGGAAUCUAAUCAAAGAACAAAUUCAAAAUUAUCAGAAUGUAGAGUCCUUUAAUUUGAAGAAUCUUUCUAAAGAAAUGACGCGUAGGAAGAAAAUAUUACUAGAUAUGUUUCGGUACAAGAGCUUAAAUGACUUCACACAAUGUUGUAAUGAUAUCGGAGAUCUUGGGAGAUCCAAUUUAGCUGAUAUGAUGGAACUUUUGGAUUGGCCAUUAAACAAAUGGGAUCCCCCGGAUAUUUGUAAGCAAAUUGUUGCCGAGUGCUUUCACAGUUUAAAGCAGGAAGCAAUCUAAAUUGAAUAUAAUUGCAAUUUA